AUGGGUCAGAAGAUAUCCAAGCUCAUGAACCAGAUCUUCGGAUCGAAAGAAAUGCGACUGUUGAUGCUGGGACUCGAUGCAGCAGGCAAGACAACAAUUCUCUAUAAGCUCAAGCUCGAUACCGAUGUUACCACCAUUCCGACGGUCGGCUUCAACGUCGAGACAGUGACCUACAAGAACACCAAGUUCAACGUGUGGGAUGUGGGCGGCCAGGACAAGAUUCGGCCACUGUGGAGGCAUUACUUCUCCGGCACCCAGGGUCUGAUCUUCGUGAUUGACAGCAACGAUCGUGAUCGCAUGGAAGAGGCGAGGAGCGAGUUGGCGAGGAUAAUACAAGACCGGGAAAUGAAGGACGCUCUCUUGCUAGUGUUUGCAAACAAGCAAGAUAUUCCAGGAGCGAUGAGACCGAAGGAGGUUUCGGACAUGCUUGAGCUGCAGAGAAUAGCGAAAGACCACACGUGGAAAGUUGAGCCCAGCUGCGCGACCACUGGAGAGGGCAUCUUCGAGGGCCUCGCGUGGCUGAGCAGCAAUGUCAAGCUCCCGGCGCAGAAGUGA